AUGGAAAACGCUACUACAAAUAGCGAGUUUACUUGUGAAGAAAACGCUAUUGCAAAUAGCGAGUUUACUUGUGAAGAAAACGCUAUUGCAAAUAGCGAGUUUACUUGUGAAGAAAACGCUAUUGCAAAUAGCGAGUUUACUUGUGAAGAAAACGCUAUUGCAAAUAGCGAGUUUACUUGUGAAGAAAACGCUAUUGCAAAUAGCGAGUUUACUUGUGAAGAAAACGCUAUUGCAAAUAGCGAGUUUACUUGUGAAGAAAACGCUAUUGCAAAUAGCGAGUUUACUUGUGAAGAAAACGCUAUUGCAAAUAGCGAGUUUACUUGUGAAGAAAACGCUAUUGCAAAUAGCGAGUUUACUUGUGAAGAAAACGCUAUUGCAAAUAGCGAGUUUACUUGUGAAGAAAACGCUAUUGCAAAUAGCGAGUUUACUUGUGAAGAAAACGCUAUUGCAAAUAGCGAGUUUACUUGUGAAGAAAACGCUAUUGCAAAUAGCGAGUUUACUUGUGAAGAAAACGCUAUUGCAAAUAGCGAGUUUACUUGUGAAGAAAACGCUAUUGCAAAUAGCGAGUUUACUUGUGAAGAAAACGCUAUUGCAAAUAGCGAGUUUACUUGUGAAGAAAACGCUAUUGCAAAUAGCGAGUUUACUUGUGAAGAAAACGCUAUUGCAAAUAGCGAGUUUACUUGUGAAGAAAACGCUAUUGCAAAUAGCGAGUUUACUUGUGAAGAAAACGCUAUUGCAAAUAGCGAGUUUACUUGUGAAGAAAACGCUAUUGCAAAUAGCGAGUUUACUUGUGAAGAAAACGCUAUUGCAAAUAGCGAGUUUACUUGUGAAGAAAACGCUAUUGCAAAUAGCGAGUUUACUUGUGAAGAAAACGCUAUUGCAAAUAGCGAGUUUACUUGUGAAGAAAACGCUAUUGCAAAUAGCGAGUUUACUUGUGAAGAAUAG